AUGUACAUGACACGGCCGCCACCGGUGCGAUCCCACCAGCACUCGCAGCUCCUGCAGACGGAGCAAUUCUUCCAAAACGGAUCGCUGGCGUGGCGCUACGACAGCGACGACGGCGACGGCGACGACGGCAAUGGCUACGACUCGGAUUCCGCCCCGGCCUACAUGGACGUCGGCCACUUUCGCUGGUUCUGGCCGUGGGGCGUGCGCCGCAGCUCGACCUUUGACACGAUGCCCGCCGGCAAGCAGCGCCUCCCCGUCGCCGCGCUCCUCACCCCGUCGUCCAUCUCGAAGCAGUCGGGCUCCCUGCUGCUGACGCGGCUACCGGCGGAGCUGCGCCGCAAGAUCUGGACGCUGGUGCUGCGGACGCAGUGCAGCGCGCGGUGGGCGUACAGCCGCCGGUCACCCGCGUGGCGGCCGGACCGCACGGGCGCGCCGUUCAUAGACGCGGCGCUGCUGCAGACGUGCCGCGCUGUGCACGCCGAGACUUGGGACCUGCCGAUGCGGCUGACGCAGGCGGUGCUGGCCGACGGCACGCCGCAGGACAAGCCUGGCGAGUGGGCGCCCGUGGUGCUCACCGCGGGGGUGCUGGUGCCGCACGCGUGGCAGGUGCUGCUGCUGCGGCGCGCCGAGGUCACGAUGCAGCACUUUCGCCUCGAGGCGGGGUUUCUGGACAUGUGGGUGGCGGCGCUGGGCAAGCUCAAGGCCGCCGCCGCGGCGUGCGUUGCGGAUCUUCUCAGCAAGGAGACGAGGACGGUGAAUGCGGAUGUGGUGCGGGUGCUGAGGGAGCGGCAGCCGCUGGAGGAGAUUGUGGUCCGGAUGAACCGGAUGGACUGGUGGACGUGGACGAGCGUGCCGCCGGCGCCGUGGCCGGAGAGCCUGCCGGGACCGUGUGUGGCGGACACGGACGAAGAGGCUACGGAGGAAGAAGACAACGAUGCGGAAAGCCCUGAUGAGGGGAUGAUGGAGGAUGCAACGGUCUUGGACGAGACGAGUCACGGCCAAGUCCCUGACGCGAAUCACGACGCAUCACUAGACACCUUCUCCGACGAAGACGACGUCGACGGUGGCGACGAGCAAGGCGGCUACUUUUCCGACCACACCGCCAGCGACGCCUCUUCGCCCGUCUACAUCUUUGACGCCGCCACGCUGCCGCAGUCCCUCUGCCUCGUGCCCUUCAAGACCGACUCUUGGGACCGCGGCGGCGCCUACGGCGUGCUGUCCCCGCACCUGCGCGUCACGCUCAUGCUCGAGACGUUUGGGCCCAAGAGCCUGCAGCUGGACGCCGCGCUGGCCGAGGUCAAGGAGUGGCGGCUGCCGAUGCCGCUGGUGCACGGCGGCGAGGGCCGCGACGUCCGCGCGGGCGCGGCGGUGGAGGACGGCGAGGCAGGGCGGGUGCUGGCGUGGGAUGGGCGGCCCGUGGAGGAGUACCACUGGCUGAGGGACAUGAGCGACGAGGUGGAGGAGGCGGCAUUUUUGAGAAUGGGGGAGCUCAGGGCGACGGCGGAAGGGGUGGUGGUCAAGAUGAUGACGUUGGUGCCGAGGAGCAUAUGA